ACUCCAAAACUCAGCAUUAUCAGAAUUUUGGGCGGAUGCUUUUUUCCAGUGUGCAGCAGGCGGGCCUUUGAUUGUCAAAAUUGAAUGUGAUUCUGUUGGCAAAUAGCAGUUAUGUGCUUUUGAUUGACGGCGGUCCUGGUCUGUUGUCAGAUGUUGUACCGAUGUGUGUCAGGGGUUUCAAGAAACAUAAAAAAGAAAAACUAAACUGUAGAGUCAGUUGUUGGCUUAAGAAAAGCUCAGUACAGGGCUAGAUACGGUAUCUAAGUUUGCUACUGGUCUGUUAAAAUCCACCAGCAUCAGCGCAAACGUCCAAUCAAAUGGCUGAAGGGUUGGACUUUGACAGUGAUGGUGGUGGUCCAAUUCCGCAAGGUACAUUAAUGGAGGACACGGAAUCUGCCGCUAAGCGCCCCAGACUUGAGACCGUGGAAAACUCUGACGCUCUAGACAGCGAUUGCCCUUCGACAUCUAAUAAUAUGGUGGCGCUCAGUUACUGCGAUAGCGACUCGGCUGGCGUCCUCCAGACACGAGAUUUAGAAAUCAUCGAUGAGUUGGCAGGUGAUCAGGAUGGAGUUGAGGAUUUUGAUGAGGAUUCUGAAGGGAGUGAAUGCGAUUUGGAUGAUGAUGAAAUUCAUGCAUGGUUGGAGGAGGGGAUUGAACUCGGGAAGAAGUCUCAAUCAGAAGGAGAGAACAAAGGGGAGGCAACCGGUGCCCCGAUCAGAAGGGACAAGGUGGUACUGAAGGAGAGAGGCCAUGACCCAUUUGAAUUCCUGCCAGAAGGUUGGGUGACAGUGACUCACAACAGUGGCAUGCCAGUCUACUUACACAAGCGAAGUCGAGUCUGUACAUUAUCCAAGCCUUACUUCUUAGGACCCGGGAGUGCUCGAAAACACGAAAUUCCAGUAAGUGCUGUCCCUUGUUUGCACUACCGAAAAGAACUGGAAAAAGAGAAGGGUGUGGAGGCAGAGGAAAUGGGCGUGGCGAAUGAUGCGGGUGGAGACAUGCAGGGUAAUGAGACAGACAGUGUAGGAGAACGACAGUCCAAUGGACAGCAUACAACCAAUGGAGAGCUACCAGAAUCUACAAAACCAUCAGACACCAGCCCUAGUAUACCUGUUAAUGAGUCCUUAACCAAUGGUCCUUCAGCACCUCCACCUCCAGCAGAUGGUGCCACUGAGGAUCCUGGGGGGACGAGUGAAGCUGGCUCAGCUGCUGUACCCGUGAAGAUCGAAUAUGCCGAAGAGAGGAAGAAAAUCACAUCCCUCGGUCCCAUGGAGUUGCGCAAUUACUGCAAAAACCUGUUUGAAUUCCGAGUUAUCACUGUGAAGAAAUUUAAAACAUGGAAGGAUAGACGACGCCAUCAUACUUUGAUGAAGAGACAGAAUCGCCCUGGACUGCCGGACAACACAAGACUAAUUACCUGCCCUAUACCCUCCGAGAGGGGAGAUGACAAAAAGAAAGAGUUUGCCCUGAACCCUAGUGGAAAGUCUUUUGUGUGUAUAUUGCACGAGUAUGUACAACAUGCUAUGAGGGUUCAACCUAAGUACAUCUUCAAAGAACUAGAGAAUGCCCAGACCCCAUACAGUGCGACAGUGGUUAUUAAUGAUGUGGAGUAUGCAACUGGAUACGCCAGCAGUAAGAAGGCAGCCAAAAUGGAUGCAGCCAAGUCCACCCUGGCCAUUCUUAUUCCUGAGAUGAAAAAAGUGACUCAACAGGAGAACAGCAAGGAGACAGAAGAUUUGUCUUUUUUUGAUGAAAUUAAGAUAGAAGACCCUCGUAUUUAUGAGCUAUGCUCCAAGGCUGGCCAGCCAAGUCCCUACCAGAUACUCCAAGAGUGUCUCAAAAGAAAUUAUGGAAUGGGGGACACUCAGUGUAAAAUGGAGAUGAAGCCUUUAAAACACCAGAGAAAUGAGUUCUUGAUGUCUGUGGGAAAACAUGAAGCUAAAGUUGUAUGUAAGAACAAGAGAGAAGGCAAACAGUCUGCUGCCCAGGCCAUUCUACAGUUGUUACAUCCUCAUGUACAGAGCUGGGGGUCUUUGUUGAGGCUUUAUGGCAGGGGAAGUUGUAAUGCUAUCAGGGAGAAAAAGCAAGAAGAACAAAGCAUCACUCAUCUACAGGUGAAUGCCAAAGCUAACCGGCCUAAUACAGCUGUACUGGACAAGUUAAAAGUGGAGAUGACAAAAUUACAGCAGCAGAGGGAAUCCAUCCAGUCUAUUGGAACGUUUAGAGUGAGCACUCAGGAGUUGCCAGCAAACGUAGCCAGCAUCAAUCUCUGACAGUUACCUCCCUUCCUAUGGACCUCUCCUGUCUCCACUGUGAUGAGUGGACAGCUGUCCAAUCUUUGUACCUCUAAUAAUGCACAUUCUUUCUCCUGUGAGAAGGCCUCAGAAAUCCUAGUAUAGUGCUACCAAACUGACCAAAUGUAUUUAUAAGUGACUUCAUUAUCUUUCUUAGGUAGUAUGUGUUUGAUAUUUGACCACGCUUUACUUAUGUAAGUACACUUCAUGUAGGCUGAACUAUGGUACUAAGAAUUGAAAUCUGCGUGGCAGUGUUAAUGAGAUGCCAUGGCUCUGGCGUUUAUCAGGACGUGUUUUAUGCAUCUCAUUUUUACACUCAUUCCUUCACAUUACACGUAUAUCAUCAUUAGGCAUCAGAUCUUUUGCUUUUAGCUAUUUCUUAUAUUCACAGUAUUAAGCAGAUGAAAUGAAGUAUUUAUCUGGUGAAAAAAUGCCAAGUAAAAAAAAAGUCAAAUGCUGUUACUUAGCUUACAAUUUUAUAUGCUUUUUUUUUUUUUAAGCUUUAGCUUGUUUUUCUGUGGUCAUAAUUUUUCUACAUUCGAAUGAUCUUGCUCAAUGAGUUUGCAGUAUAUGGGACAUAUUUGUGCCAUAUGAUCAUCAUGAUUGUCUUUGGGGAAAAAAAUUACGCAUAAAGAUGUACUUA